AUGACCUCCAGAAAGUUCUAUGUAUUUCAGGUUUGCCAGACUUUCGAGGCAAGCGAGGUCAAUGCAGUCUUAUUGCCAUGUUUUGCCAGCCACACUUUUCGGGAGGAGAUCCAAGAGGAAAUUGGAAUACCCGUUCUGGAUAUGAUGGCGGCGUUACGCAUGCACGUGGAUCAUGUCGCUGAACGCGGUACAACGCUGGGCAUCAUGGCGUCCGACUAUGUUAGGCACUCCGGUUUGUUCGAGCGCUAUUUCGGCACUGAUUUCAAGCUCGUUUAUCCAAACGAUAACGAGCAAUCUAGGUUGAUGGGCGCCAUGUAUGGGGUUAACGGCAUCAAAGAUGGAUUCCUUGACGGGGGGCCACUUGAGUGUGUUUAUCAGGCCUGCCUUUCGCUUCAGGAUCAGGGGGCCACAAUCAUUCUGCCUGGCAUGACUGAGCUCUCGUUAGUCUGCGGUGAUCUGCAACGGCGGGGCGUCAGAGCACUGGAUAUCAAUGAAAUUUAUGCUGCCUUCGCCACCUUGGAGAAAGGCCAGUCGACUCGUCCACCAUUUAAGCUUGGGAUAGUGGGUGGAGUUGGGCCGGCGGCAACGGUCGACUUCAUGGGUAAGGUUGUGGCGCACACACCGGCUGGCCGCGAUCAGGAACACCUCAAAAUGGUGGUAGAACAGAACCCCCAGAUCCCCGAUCGCACAGCCAAUCUGCUGUAUGACGAAACCGAUCCGACGAUGGCGAUGUACGCAACAUGCAAGCGACUUGAAAGCGCUGGAGCCAAUGCUAUAGCGAUUCCGUGCAAUACAGCUCACGCAUUUGUUGAGCGCAUCCAGACGCACCUAAGUGUACCUAUUGUGAAUAUGCUGACUGAGACGGUAGAGGCUAUCGUGCAGCGGUACGGCGCUGGCAAAACCGUCGGGCUGCUAGCGACCUCCGGCACAAUAAAAAGUCAGGUUUAUCACGAGGCAGCCCGACGAGCAGGGUUGCAAAUAAUUACCCCUGGUGUGGAUUACCAAGUAUUGGUUAUGGAGUCGAUUUACGGAGACCACGGAAUUAAAGCGGGUUUCACAGAGGGCAUAUGUAAAGACCAGCUGUUGAUCGCAGCAGAGCACUUGUGUGAACUGGGUGCAGAUGUGCUCAUCCUGGGGUGCACAGAGCUACCGCUGGUGCUAGAGCAUAGCGAAUCCUACAUGAUCAAAAAUCAUGAAGUGGCAUUGGUCGAUCCGACAACCAUUUUGGCAUUGAAGUGCAUUGAGCUUGCUCGAGAAAAUACAGUCAAGCCGAUUAGUCGA